GCUUCAGACCACCAGAAUAGCUAAAAGCUUCAAAGCACAUUCCAGACACAGAUUAUCAUGAAGACGUACGCUGCUUUCGCUGCUUCCGCCCUUAUCGUGGCCACCACGAUGGACUCGACCACGGCCAUGCAGUCGUACCUCGAGGAGAUCCCGAACGGCAGCUUGUUCACGCAGGAGCUGGGCCACCCGGGCAAGGACAGCUCGAAGUUCACCAAGUUCGGUACUGCUUUCGGUGCCGCGGACCACACGUGGACGGCUGAGUUUUGCAAGGCUACGUUCCCUGGCGCUUCGAUGACGAACGGUGAGGCGUUCGGUGACCCGUGUUGCACGUGGAAGAAGGGCGGCAAGCCGGACUUCACGGUGAGUGCUUUCACGACGACUCCUGGCAAGGCUACCACUUGCGCUUCUGGUGGCGGUGGCGGCAGUGCUGCUGGUGGCAGUGCCGCUGGUGGCAGCGGUGGUGCUGAGACUCCUUCGGCUGAGACCCCGUCGACGGAGACGCAGGGAUCGGGAACCGAGACGGAGAGCUCAGGUGCUGAGACCCCUUCGGCUGAGACCCCGUCGACAGAGACUGAGAGCUCUGGAGCUGAGACGCCUUCUGCUGAAACACCGUCGAUGGAGACCCCUGCGCCGGCUACUGGCGGAUCUUCGAUUGGUGGUGGUUGGGGUGCUCCACCGGCCACGGGUGGCGGCGGCUGCGGUGUCCGUCGUGCACGCAAGUUCCGUCACUAAGCGAAUUGCGACUUUUGUGAUCCUUUGUAUCAAUGUUAUGCGUCGUCCUUAAGAGAACAGAACGAACGAAGUCUCGAGGCGUUGUCGUAGUACUGUAGUAGGUUGUUGUCUAAUAGACAAACUGAGAACUUUUACUCGCUCUU